AUGUCGUCGGCUCUCAACGCGAUUCGUCGCAAGAAAAAUGUCAAGAAGGGUAUCCAGUUCUGCUUGAUGGUCUGUGGUGCUAGCGGAACCGGACGUACAACCUUUGUCAACACCCUCUGCGGAAAGAAAGUCCUCGAGAGCAAGGAUGCCGACGAUGCUGCCAGCGCUCACAUUGAGGAAGGUGUCCGUAUCAAGCCUGUCACAGUCGAACUCGAAUUAGACGACGAAGGCACCCGAAUUUCCCUCACCAUCGUUGAUACCCCCGGUUUUGGUGACCAGAUUGACAAUGAAGCCAGCUUUGGUGAAAUCGUCGGAUACCUCGAACGCCAAUAUGACGAUAUUCUUGCCGAAGAAUCGCGAAUCAAGCGUAACCCUCGGUUCAGGGACAACCGUGUCCACGUCCUCCUCUACUUUAUCACACCCACAGGUCAUGGCUUGCGCGAGUUGGAUAUCGAACUGAUGAAGCGUCUUUCUCCUCGUGUCAAUGUCAUCCCCGUUAUCGGAAAAGCCGAUUCCCUCACCCCUGCCGAACUCGCCGAGUCCAAGAAGCUCAUCAUGGAGGAUAUUGAGCACUACCGCAUCCCUGUGUACAAUUUCCCCUACGACAUUGAGGAGGAUGAUGAAGAUACAGUCGAAGAGAACGCUGAGCUGCGUGGGCUUAUGCCAUUCGCGAUUGUCGGCUCUGAAGAUUUCGUUGAGAUUGAUGGACGGAAAGUGCGGGCCCGGCAGUAUCCCUGGGGUGUUGUGGAGGUUGAGAAUCCCAGACACUCCGACUUCUUGGCUAUCAGAAGCGCUCUGCUUCACAGCCAUCUCGCAGAUUUGAAGGAGAUCACCCACGACUUCCUCUACGAGAACUACCGUACCGAGAAGCUGAGCAAGAGCGUGGACGGUGCUGCUGCUGGUCACGAUUCCUCUAUGAACCCCGAAGACCUUGCAUCUCAAUCAGUCCGCCUCAAGGAGGAGCAACUCCGUCGCGAGGAAGAGAAGCUUCGCGAGAUCGAGCUCAAGGUGCAGCGUGAAAUCGCCGAGAAACGCCAGGAAUUGUUGGCCCGCGAAAGCCAACUCAGGGAGAUCGAAGCCCGCAUGGCACGUGAGGCCAGUCAGAACCAAAUGGCCCUUCAGCCCGAGGCUGCCAACGGAGACGCUUAA